AUGAAAAAUUAUUCCGCAUGCAAUCAACCAGUUUACAAGACACGAUUGGCUCUUCCGGACGACUACGACAAUGUAAUGACGUUCAUGUGUGACGCAUUCUACAAGGACGAUCCAACCAUGGUAAACAUUGGUUUAAGCAAACAGGAGCCUCCUUCAUCGUUACUACAAAUUAUGUACAAUGAAAUCCGAGAGGGUAUGACGUUAAUUGUUGAAGAAGAAGAAGACGAAUGUAUUAUAGGUGCUGUGGUGAACGCCGGCUCUUGUCCUUGGGAUCCCGACAAGUUCGUCGAGUUCGCUAGGUGCUGUGAAUGCGGGCCGACCCGCGACGUGAUCGAGUUCGAUGCUUACGUGACCGGCAAACCGAAUCUCUGGGAGCGCUAUUGCGUUCUCAAGAUCUUCGAGUGCAGCUAUCUCGCGGUCAGGCGGGACUUCCGGAAGCAGGGUAUUGCUAGAAAGCUCGUGCUAGAUAGCUGGUAUCUCGCGCGCGAUUGCGGCUAUCGAUUGUUCCGUGUUGACUGCAACAAUAGAUAUAUCGCACGAAUCGCAGAAGGUUUCGGUUGGAAACGAGUAUGCAUAAUACCAUUUCAUGAAUAUGUAAGAGAUGGCGAACUUGUUUUUAAGCAUAUUGUGGAGCCACAUAUCGAUGUGCAGAUUUACAUUGAUCAAGUUGCACUUUGCAAGGAUUAUUGUCCACCUUAUAAAACAUGCGAAAAAAUUACUUCAGCACCAAAAAUAUCUGGAAAGGACAGCUAA